AUGUACCGUAAUCCUAAAUCUCGAAUACCAACCUUUGAGAUGGCUGAGUAUUACCAGUCUCAGCCGGACACCGGACCGCACACCGCAUGGACCUCGAAAGCCGUUAGCUGGAACUUUCCAAUGUUUAGCAAUUGCGGCGAGAAAAACAUGCAAGGUCUUACCAAAGCAACCUGUCAUACCCGAUCUAAUUGCCCCUUUAGGAAAUCACAAGCGAAGCGGGUCCGACUGCGUCAAGUCCGCGAAGUUUCUUUGUUACUUCUUCACUUCGUCUCUUUCUAUUGGGGGAAAAGGUACAAUUCGAGGAUGUGGCGCAACCCCAACCUUCUCGACUCUCAUUCGCCCAGGCAGCUCCGAAACAUCGCAUACCGCAAUUAA